AUGGAGAACCACCGAGUAAAAACUGGCGUUCGACCUCCUGAACGCAGCGCCAAUCAUCGCAGUCAGGACAACGAUGACCCGAAUCGUCCCUCCUCUGAACGACUACCAACAGGAAGACCUCAGACACGUGUUGAGCGUCCGGUAUCCCGGAGAGGAGCCCAGAAUGAACCAUCACAUGAGUCAAGUAUCUAUCGAGCUCCAACUCCGGGCAAAAGUUCCAUGAGACCUCCAUCAGCUUCAGUAUACUCUGUUCGUGGAAGUACUGCAAGUGGACGAUUAAAUACACUGACAUCAUCCACAGGGAUGACCAGGUUAUACACUGGGGUUCCACCCACAGCUCAUGCCAAUUCUGGAAUGAUGGAGAGGCCAGUCACCCAGCAUGGAAUUGCAGCCAUUAGGCCUGGAACAACUCGAGGGUUAACAAGGCAAAUUCAGGAUAAAAGAUAUUACGAGAGUCUCGUGCAGAUAAAAAUCCGUGAACUGUCUCAAGAAAUAUCCACCAUAACCCGGGAGAUUGACUCUCAAAACAAGGAGCGAGCGACUUUUCUACACUACGAUGACAGAGCAAAGAACUUGGCCAGUGAAUUAACAGAAUUGCAGGGACAACUCGCCGAUUACAAUAUCGUCAUCGACAAAGUAGCUUCAAACCUGGAUAAAGAGUCAAUGGAACAAGAAGCAGCCGAUCUUCGUGCGUUGAAUGACAAAGCAACUGAAGAAAUUGAGGUACUUUUCGAACAACGACGAUCAAAAGAACGACAGCUGAGGCAAAUGGAAGAAAAAAUUCAAUCAGAAGAGCAAAAAGAGGACAGAAUUGUUGAGGAAAUGAGUUUGGAUGUUCGUAAUAAAUACGAAAAUUUUAAAAGUAUGAGAAACGAAUUGGAGGAUGAGGUAUCUCAAAUGCAGAAAAAUAUCGAUCUCCUUUCAACCGAAAAACAAAGUCUACAAGAGCAGAUAGCUCUGUCUCAGGUUAAACAAGAAGCUGUAAAGCUUCGGGUGAAAAUUUCUGACGUUGAAGAGAAACGUCGCCGAUUGCAGGAGGAGCAGAAGAACAAAUUGUCACCGGAAGAGGAACGAGAAAAAUUAUUGACAAAAGUUAAACAGGAUAAUAUGGAUAUAGCAGCUGCUGAGAAAAGGAUAAACGAAGCGAAGAAACAGAUUAAUCAGAUUGAGCAUGAGAUGGAGCAGUUGGAGAUGGACAUAGAGGAAAAUCAUUCAGAGAAACAAGUAAAGUAUAAUGAAUUACGAAAAAGGGAAGAGGCUAUCGAACAGUUUAUGCCCACAUUCGAGCAAAAUAAAGCUGACGAGAUUAAUAAAAUAGCCAAUACCGAAGUGGAGAUCGUUGAAAAAUUGAAGAGAUUAGCUUAUGCUGUGGAUAAUGAGUCGGGACAAUUUGGAAUGGACGAAAUGACGCUCUUGGAUAUCUGUUCAAAUGAGGAAAAUGAGGAUCAAAGUUUUGACAGUCUUUGCAAACAGCAUUUGAAAUUGCAACAGGCUGGGAAAAAAAUGCAAGCUUUAGAGGAGAAAUUGAAAGCUGAAUUAGUGAAAUUAGUUGACAGAAUUAAAAUUAAUGAAACUGAACUCAUUGUCCUGGAGGAUUUAGAUGGGCUUAAAACACGAUCUCAAAUGCAAUAUGAAGCAUUAGAGACUCGAAAAGAAGAGCUGAAGAAACAACUACCACAUGUGGAAACGGAGUUAAGUUCAGUGAGAAAAGAACAUCAAAUUUUAAAACGAGAGUUAGAUAUGAAUGAUAUUUAUAUACAAAUAAGUGCGUUGGAGGAAAAACAUGAAAAAUUAAAGAACGGCAAUGAGAAUUUAAAAAAUUUUAUUGAUAAAGGUAACAACAGGGUAGAUUAUUUAUCUUUGAGAGAAAAAGCUCUUUCAUUGACUAAAAUUUACAAUGAGUUUCUUUCGAGGAACCCUAAGUCCGUCUAUUAAUUCAUAAAGUGAUUGUAUUAAUUUUAAUUUAUGUGUAGUGGGUUUGUUAGCAAUGAGUUUUGCUUGCAAUUGGAAUUGGUCUGCUCUUUUAAUGUAUUAAAAAGGAUGAAAAAAAGUUGUUCAAUUUUAAAUUCAUUAGAUAAUGAAUGAAUUUCAAUUUUAACAACUGACUUAGUGUUGUUCGCAUUUGUUAAUUAGAUAGUUUAAC